AUGGCCAAGUCCAUCAACACCGCCAAGACCGUCAAGACCGUCGAGCCCCAGGCCGAACGCGACUUGAUUGACUUUCAGCAGAAUGGCCUGGAGAACAUCCUGUCCCAAAAGCUUCUCCUCUUUCCCCAGAGCCCCGAGAUCUCGCCCUGGGAGCUCGUGACCGCUCUCACCCAUGCCCUGGCCGACAACAAUAUUCCACUUGAUGACGUCCGGCUUGAAGGCAGCGCGGCUGCCGCUUGCAUGUCCACCCACCCCCACCAUUACAAUGACCUUGAUAUCGUCUUCCACCUGCCCCCUUCAUCCAACUACGACAAGCUGCUUCAAAUCCGUGCUGUUCUGAUUGAAACGCUGCGCACUCUCCUGCCCACUUACCUGGGUGCCUGUGAUCCCCAAAUGAUCGCUGCCCGCUGCUUUACAAAGAUGUUUGUCACCCCCCUGGGAUCGGAUCGUUGGGCCCUGUUCUCCCUCCCGGGAUGCCCCGCCCUCGACCUCAAGUUUGUCCAGACACUGUCCAGCCCCUACCAGUUUACCAUGAACAGCAUACAAAUUGUUUUGCCAAAGGCGCACUCAGCCAACGCCACUUUUGCCGAUGCCUGCGCUCGCCAAACCCCUCGUGCCAUCUGCACUUACGGUGACCUUGACGCUGCUCUUGAGCACAUUGCUUCCCGCCGCAUCUACGUUCCCCAGGAAUCCCACCUCCUCAAACUGCACGGCACGGCCCUCCUCAAAUACGUCUACCUCAUUUCACAAGGCUGGCAAGUUGCCGAACACCUCAACCGCCCCAAACUCGAGCACUUUAUGAUUCAAAAGUUUCUCGCUGACCAUGAGCACCGCCAAGCGCUUGAUCAACGCCUUGCCAGCUACCGGCUCACCCACAUGGCCAACUUUUACAACGAACACUACAACUUUAUCGCCACUCUUUACGCAAUGCUUUGUGACAAGAAUCGCGAUGAAGACUGCCCCCGUCUUCAGGAGUUUAAGGCCAUUGUCAGCCAACACUUUCUCGUCUGCCAAACGCACAUGGCCAUGGAACGCGCCCACAUUGCGCGCUGCAUGCAGCAGCAGCAGCAGCAACAACAACAACAACAACAACCUUUUGCCGCCAACGCUCUGCCCAUGCAGUCCAUGAGCCAAGCGUCCCCCGCAAUGAUGGUAACUUCUGGGCCAGGCAUGGUUCCUGCGGCCGCCCCGGCCCCCUUGCCGGUCUGGGAUGGUGCAGAUGGCCACCUGGAUGCUGCCAGCGCCACCCAGGCUGCUGGCACUGAUUUUUCCGCUUGUCAGACGCCCCAAUCACCCCAGUCCCCGGCUAGCGAUGCGCGGCCUGAUGCGGUCACCACAGAUUCGGGUGCUGUCUCUGACGCGUCGGACGCCGAUGACUUGAGCCCAGAGCCGCGCCGUCCUGCGCGACACGUUCGCAAAAGCAUUUCAUCAUCCCGCGCUCAGCCUUUGAACCUUGACUCGCUUUCACAUGCUUUGGUGGACACUACCAAUACCGCGCAUGCUCACCACCGCAACAGCGGUCCGUCUGCGAGGUAG